ACUAGUUAGAACAAAACGCUACUGAAACGGAAUAUAAAAAGCUCAGGAGAGAGGAGUGAGUAAGCGUAACGGCCUCGUUUUAAUCUUGCCAUCUUCUUUCUUUCUUUCUCACUCUCUCUCUUUCUCUCUUUCUCUCUUUCGUCGUUUAGUGCAUUUGUGUUUCCUUGGAGGAAUCAGGGCAAAAAAUGGCGACUGUUCACGCUCCUUUUCCCGCCGCGGCGAAUGCUUUUUCGGGAUCGAGUUCUACGGUGCCGGCGUCGUUAUACGUCGGAGACUUACACCCUAGCGUCACCGAAGGUACACUCUACAACGCGUUCGCCGAGUUCAAGAGUUUGUCCUCUGUUCGUCUCUGUAAAGACGCCUCUACUGGUCGUUCGCUCUGUUAUGGUUACGCUAACUUUCUCUCGCGUCAGGAUGCUUACCAUGCCAUCGAGAAAAAGAAUCACAGUAUGUUGAAUGGAAAAAUGAUUCGAGUCAUGUGGUCAGUUCGAGAAUCUGAUGCUCGGAAAAAUGGGGUUGGAAAUGUCUUCGUUAAGAAUUUGCCUGAAUCAGUCAACAAUGCGGGGUUGCAAGGUAUGUUCAAGACAUUUGGGGACAUUGUAUCCUGUAAGAUUGCUACAUUUGAAGAUGGAAAGAGUCGGGGCUAUGGUUUUGUUCAAUUUGAGCAAGAAGAUGCUGCGCAUGCUGCUAUUGAGAAGUUGAACGGGACCAUUGUUGCUGACAAGGAGAUCUAUGUUGGCAAAUUUAUGAGAAAGACAGAACGAGGCAAACCUGAGGAGAAGUACACAAAUUUGUACAUGAAGAAUCUAGAUUCAAAUGUCAGUGAGGUCUCUUUAAGGGAAAAGUUCUCAGAGUUUGGUAAAAUUGUCAGCCUAGCAAUUGCGAAGGACGAAAAAGGGUUAUGUAAAGGAUAUGCAUUUGUCAACUUCGAAAACCCAGAGGAUGCAAGAUGCGCAGCAGAAACAAUGAAUGGAACACAAUAUGGUUCAAAGAAAUUGUAUGUAGGAAGGGCACAGAAGAAGUCAGAACGGGAGCAACUGCUUAAGGAACAGUUUGAAGAGAAACGAAAAGAACAGAAGACGACUGCUAAGGUGUCAAACAUAUACGUAAAAAACAUCAAUGUUGAUGUUACUGAGGAGGAGCUGAGAAAACACUUUAGUCAAUGUGGCACAAUCACUUCUGCAAAGCUAAUGUGUGAUGAGAAAGGAAAUAGCAAGGGGUUUGGAUUUGUGUGCUUCUCAGCACCUGAAGAAGCCAUUGAUGCUGUGAAAACUUUUCAUGGGCAAAUGUUUCAUGGGAAACCACUUUAUGUGGCUAUUGCUCAAAAGAAGGAAGAUAGGCAGAUGCAAUUACAGGUUCAAUUUGGGAAAAGUGUGUCGGCAGCAGGAGGAAGCACUUCUUCACCUUCUGUCAUACCAGGGACAUACCCUUCAGUCUACUACACAAACACUCAUCCGGGGAUGGUCUAUCCAUCAUACGCCCCAAAUCUGAUCAAUUCAGCAUACCCUAACUUUCAAGUAGUCACAUAUCCUCCAGUGGUUGCUAAUGCGCCAAGAAAUAAUAAGCAGAACAGAAACGAACAGUUGGAUAGCAAUGCUGUUUCGUAUGUGCCCCAUGUGUAUCAGUCUACUCAAAUGCUUCCUUUGUCAAGAGAUACCUCGAACGAGCAGAUGGAGCGUAACAGAUCCUAUGGUCGUGGGAAAGAUAUGAAGAAGUUGAACCAACAAAGACAGGCUGAUACAAUUGGGAGGGAAAAGCAAAUGAUCGGAGAGAAGCUCUACCCUCAUGUGGAGAAAAUCAAGCCCCAACUUGCUAAGAAAAUUACAGGGAUGCUCUUGGAAAUGGACAAGCCGGAGUUGCUUAUUUUGUUGAAGUCACCAGAAGACUUAGCUGGUAAAGUCCAUGAAGCGGUUGAAGUGCUGAAGUCAUCCAAGACAAAUCUGACAAGUCCAAACACCCUUCGUUCUGAUUACUUGGCGACUGGCGUUUCUGGCCUUUCGAUUAAUUGAAGGGAAAAUGGAAAAAAACCUAGUUUACCUUGGUUGCUGCUACACAAACUCUCGUAGGAUUCUUUUGUUUGUUUGUUUAUUUUUUUGGGUUAAGUUCUUGGAUUGCUAUUCUACUU